AUGGCGAAGUCAACCUGGCGGCGUCCAAGAGCUAUGGCCACGGUCCAGAUUGUUGCAUCUCUUUUUCUCACCCAGCCCUACAGCCCGAAAUCAAGUACCGACCGACACUCUGGGUCAGGCAGACAGAUGAACCGGUGUGAGCCUGACAAAGCAACAGGGCACCGCGAUGCGUUGUCGACCGGCGACGGGCUGCAACUGCAACAGCAGGGUCUCUGGCUGAAGCAGAUGGGCUGCAGCAGCGCCAAUGAGCUGUUUCUCAAAUCGUACGACGGGGGGAGCCUCCUCGUCGAUCAAAUCUGCAUUCUCGACGAGGGGGGUCUGGGCUGGGACUCCGUCAAGGAGCAUGAUUGCGUCUGCGGCGUCUGCAGGAGAGAGAAGCAUGGAGCAUUGAAGCAUCUGCCACCCCCCUUUGAGGGCGUGGGAAGAGCGGCACCUCACGUGAUCGGCCCUGGGAAGACGUGA